GGUGAUCAGGGUGUUCCUGGACUUCCUGGCCUGGAUGGUGAAAGGGGUCACAAAGGUUCAAAGGGGGACAUGGGAAUCCCUGGAAUAUCAGGAGUAAAGGGAUCAAUGGGUCUGCCUGGAUUACAGGGUGGGAAUGGUCUGAAAGGAGACAAAGGAGACAUUGGCUUGCCAGGCCCUCAGGGACCCUCGAUUAUUGGGCCCCCUGGAGCACCUGGUCCACAUGGACCACCUGGCCCUAUG